AUGUCGGGACUCAAUACAGACAUUGUAGCCCAUAAAUUACCUUUGAAACUCGAAUGCAAACCAAUUAAGCAAAAGUUGAGAAGGAUGAAACCUGAAAUGCUGUUAAAAAUUAAGGAAGAGGUGAAAAAGCAGUUCGAUGCAGGAUUCUUGGAAGUAGCUAAGUACCCUGAAUGGGUUGCAAAUAUUGUCCCAGUGCCUAAAAAGAUGGGAAAUUUGAAGAAUGCUGGGGUAACUUAUCAACGAGCCAUGGUGACUCUUUUCCAUGACAUGAUGCACAAAGAGGUUGAGGUGUAUGUGGAUGAUAUGAUUGUAAAAGCUCGCAAAACAGAGGACCAUGCGACCAAUCUUGAAAGGUUAUUUAAGAGGUUACGAAAGUUUCAGCUCAGAUUAAAUCCGGCAAAGUGCACUUUUGGGAUCACUUCAGGAAAGUUACUUGGUUUCAUCAUUAGUGAAAGAGGAAUAAAAGUUGACCCGGAUAAACUCCUUCGCAAACACAAUCUUGGGGCAUGGAACGAGGAGUGCCAAGUUGCUUUUGACAAGGUUAAAGAAUAUCUAUUGAGUCCGCUAGUGUUGGUACCACCUGUGGCCAAGAGACCCCUCUUUUUGUACUUGACAGUAAAUGAAGGAUCCAUGGGAUGUGUGUUAGGACAGCAUGAUAAAACUGGUAAGAAAGAAAGAGCAGUUUACUACUUGAGUAAAAAGUUCACUAAGUACGAGUCCAAGUAUUCCUCGUUGGAAAAGAUGUGUUGUGCUUUAGCAUGGACGGUGUAUCGACUCUGGCAGUACAUGCUAUAUCAUACCACUUGGCUCAUUACAGAGUUGGAUCCUAUUAAAUACAUCUUUGAGAAACCAUCCUUGUCAGGUAUAGUGGCAAGAUGGCAAGUAUUAUUGUCUGAAUAUGAUAUUACAUAUGUGUCCCAAAAAGCUAUCAAAGGAAGUGCAAUUGCAUAUUUUCUAGCAGAAAGGGUGGAGGAGGAUUAUGAACCAAUGGAGUUUGAGUUCCCAGAUGAGGACCUGAUGUCGGUUUGUCAAACAAAUGAGGAGGAAUCAAAUGAGAAAGAGAAUUGGAAGAUGUUUUUCGAUGGAGCUUCAAAUGCUUUAAUGCAUGGCAUAGAAGCCGUGUUAGUGUCACCAGAAGGAGAUCAUUAUCCCGUCAUAGCCAAACUCAACUUCUAUUACAUUAAUAAUGUGGCUGAAUAUGAAGCUUGUUUCAUAGGUCUUCAGGCAACAAUCGAGAGGAAAAUUCAUGUUUUGGAAGUGUAUGGGGAUUCUGCUUUGGUCAUUUAUCAGUUGCGAGGAGAAUGGGAGACAUGUGACUCGAAGUUAAUCUAG